ACAACCGAGUCAGCUACCUACGGAGGCAGAUCGCAUUGCACGUGCUUCGCCCAAAUCCACGUGUCGGCUCCCGUUCGUGUGAUCGCGAAAAGUCGUUGCAGCGGCGUCUGUUAGAUUUUUUCAAAAAAUUUUUAAGUGACGUGUCGUGAUAUUUCCAUCUCAUUCCCGCUGCCUCCAAGUGUAUGUGUGGUUUUAUAUUUGAAACAUCGCAUCUCACUCUCACACACCGGCUGGCGUGUGAGCCGCAAAGUCGCCAUUCCGUGUGGAACACAAAGCUCGUUUUGCCGGCUAAAAAGGGAGACAUUGCUCACUGUAUGAGGGAGAUGGUGCAUAGCUGCGAGAACGAGAAAACCAUCGUGUGUUACCAUCGCACAACAGAGCACUUGCCGAAUUGGAAAUAAGUGAGGGUGUGUGUGUGUGUGCGGUGUCGUGACAUGAAUUGAGAAUACAUUGGUGGAGGUUCUUCUGUGGAAGCAACAUUAACGCGCAUUGGUGUAUUGGUGAAUCACCCAUCAUUCUUAGCUCCGUGGUGUUUCUCGAGUGCAGCAUUUGGCAGUCUCGUUGACACCGGCUUCGUGUUCAAAGCGCACCAUUUGGGUCGCACUCACACCGUUGAUACGUGACUAAUUUUUACAACAGAGUUUGAGGAGAGUUUUUUCUCGAGAACCGCCGAAAGUGUUUCAGUGGCUCUUUUUCGGGAAUUCAAGGAGAAUUUAAAAAAAAGUACAUCAGAGAGAGAAAGAUUUGAAUAUUGCAGGAAGUUUCGACGUCGAAGAUAAGCCUGCAUUGUGGAUCUGCUUGAUCUGUGACUUCGCUAUAUAUAGUGAAAUCAUUAUAUAUACAAAUAUAAGUGGAUUUGUUCCUCGAUUCUUAUAUGAAAAGAGAAUACGAGGAUGAUAUUGUAAGUUCCUUGUGUACCAUGGAAUAGCCAAGGAACAUCUCUAAUUUCAUGAGUUCUUAAAUGUAAUAAAUGAGAGAUUGAGUGAAUUUGGUAACAUUGAGAACAAGAGAGAGAGAGUGGGAAGAAUAUUCUCAAAGUUGCCGGGAAUUUAUCUCAUAACUCAAAAAAGUGUUGGAUGCUAUAUAGCAGAUACAUACAUAUACAUAUAGUACAUAGUUGGUACAUCUAAGUGUUUUAAGACGAUAUAGGUGUUAGAUAUUUUGUGAAAUAAGAUUUUAGAGAGAGAGAACAUUGCAUUUGGAUAAUGAAUCCAAGCUGUGCUAUGUGUUUAAAUAUCAAAUAACCCAUUUUAGAGGUAUAGAGUGUUGAUACAUUGUCAAAGAUUGAAAGAGAUUCUCCGCAUCUAAGAUUACGUCUCCAAAAACGCAAUUUGCAACUCUAAAUAGGUUUGAGGUGUUUCAUUUCUACUCUGGCAUAUGUAUAAAAAGUAAAAAUAAAGGUGUUUAAUGAUGUGGUCUGAGUGUUUCAAUUGAAAAGAGAAAAAAAGCUCAACUGCGACAUUCCCAGUGGAAAAAUUUCUUAAAGUGAAGUGUAAGAGGUGAACCCAAAAGUGAAAACAGCUUAAGUAAAACCCCCCUGAGUGAUCAUCAUUAGAGAAAAAGUGUCGUCUACCAAGUCAGCCAUCGACAUGGAUAUCUUACCAAGUGGCAAUAUCUUCCGGGAGUUGCAGGACAUCCACGAUACAGGAUACUUCACAUCGCAGGGAUCCAUUGAGGAUCAAUGGCAACAGACGUGUUACGAGAUGGAACAGUACCUCAAAGACGAGCCGAAGCUGCAGUCCUACAAAAAACUCCCCACAGACCUCGACACACCGUGGGACCUCUUCACAGCACCCACCGUAUCAGCAUCAUGGAAAGUAGUUGAUCCACUGUGCUUAGAUGAAAUAAAUCUGAGUGAACGACCCCUUGAUUCCCUGUCUAUGAGCUCAGCAUCAUCCGCGUGUUCAGGUGUGUCGUGGGAUAGUUCGCUGAGUUGUGCGGUUGUUGUGAAGAAGGAGCGCCUGGACGAUGAGUACGAAGACAAUUCGGACGGGUGUGAGGAGCAUCCGUGUAAGAUGCUCCAAACGAAAACAGAGAGUGCCAUUGAGCUGCGAUUAGUCGCACGAACGGCCGAUCAGACUGACCUGCUUCCCACGCUAACGCCCCCCUCGUCCCCGGAAUCGGUGAGGAAUAACGGAGCGUCGGAAGCAGAACUCGCCCUUCUGGGGCACCAAGGGAUCCUGAGGGUAUCCCCCAAUGGUCACCUGCCGCGAAGUGCUCUUGUCCGGUUUACGGCCGCCGGGAAGAAUGCCCUCAGUGUAGCACGGUUUAUUCAGGUCAGCCAACGACUACCAUCCGGCUCAUCCACAUCGCAUCGUGCCACCAACUCCCCCAGUUCACCCACAGUCACAGGAAAACAUCACCAAAGACAACAUGACCACAGUCCGGACUCGAAGCGUCGGAUACACAAAUGCCAAUUUCUUGGUUGCAAGAAAGUAUACACGAAAAGCUCACAUCUGAAAGCUCACCAAAGAACACACACGGGUGAAAAACCAUACAAAUGCUCGUGGGAAGGAUGUGAAUGGAGAUUUGCAAGAAGUGACGAACUAACGCGUCACUACCGGAAGCACACAGGCGCAAAACCCUUCAAAUGCCGUCACUGUGAUCGAUGUUUCUCACGAUCGGAUCACCUGGCGCUCCACAUGAAGCGGCACGUCUAAAUUCCCAGGCAUGCACAAACGUCUUUUUUUCUCCCAGCAAUUUAAAAAGCCGCACUUCCAUUCGUUCCUUCAACAAAUUCCCCCACCGGAACUGCCGCAAAUAUCUGGAAAUGGCGUUAAACGUCCCAGCUAAACCAGAAGCACACCAUGGAGUUCAACAGUUCAGAGUGGGUAAAAACGGAAAUUGCACGUUUUUAAUAUUUUAUGUUUAUUUUUGUAAAAUUGCAAAAACUGUAAACUCGUAUUGGGGGUUGAAAAAUUGUGUCGAUAUGUAAAUUUUAAGAUCGGGAUUAAGUGGUUUAUAAAAUGGUAGAAACUACAUCAAAAAAUGAGCUCAUAAAUGAAUCAAAAACAAUCAUUCGGCAUGUAAAUUCUUACAACGUAAAAUAUUUAAAUGUCAUUGUAAUUUAUUUAAAAAAGAAACUAUAUAUCCCCUCCAAUUCGGCUCAAUAAUCAUUUUCCUACAUUUUCCACAAAAGAUAUAAAGUGAAAGAAAAAAAAAGAACAUGGAGUUAGGAGAUAAACUUCACUGCCAUUUACUGAGGAGUGUGUUUUUGUUAAGGGGCCAGUUUAAGGAUUAAGUUGUUAAUGAAAGUUUUUAAUUUUAAUACGAAUAAUUUUUAAAUUUAUGUAAAUUACUUUUGUCGUCUCUUUUUGUACCAGAUGUAUUUUUUUAUAUUUCUAAAAAAAAGCGUAGCAAUAUAGUUUUUUAAGUUUUAUUUCUAAGUUCUCAUAUAUAAGAUAUUUUAGUUUGUACUGAGAUGAUUUUUUUAAUAUAUAAUUUUGGAUUCCAGUGGAAUAAUUACAUGAUCGUUUUAGACGACUUAAUACGCCAAAAAAGUCCUGUGUAGAACUUACAAAAUACUAUACAAUUUUAGUUUUAUCGAGUUACCAAUAGUAUGAUGAAAUUGUACUAAAAUUUCAUUAAAUGUUCGUUUUAUCCUUAUGAUUAGCAUUUAGUUUUCAAUCAUACAAACGGCUUUUAUUUUAAACAGUGUCUUAUGUUUUUAGUUUCUAUUUUGUCUUCAUUUUCUUACAGAAAAUUGUUAAAGUUGUUCAAACUUGUGGAUUUUUUUUAUAAGCAAAUAUAAUAGGGUAUACUGCAGUGCAAGACUAUUUUGAUAUUAAUUGGAUCUAUUUUAAUUAGAUUUAUUUUGUGAAUUAAACCCACAAAAAUUGAUUCAGCAAGAGAAAUAAAACCUCAUCCAUGGAAUUUCAACUGAAAAAAAUUUUAGAAAUUCGCAUUUCUAAAGAUUCUUGAAAUUGGGUUUCAGGUUAGGUGGGUAAACCUUUUUAUCCUUAAAAAUAUUGCCUGGUGAAAGAUUGAACAUCCUAAAAACGUCGUUAAAUAUUGAUCAUAAAAAACGUUGCAAAAGUUAUCUCAAUUAAUUUGUGCAUUAAAAAAAUAUAUUUUAAUGAGAUUUAAAUUUUCUUAGGUAGAUUAAAAUCUUAGGAGCUUAAACAUACAUUCAGCUCCUACGAAAACUCACACGCUCCUACUUGAAAUUGCAAGAAUUGGGGGCAAGGUAAACUCAAGGAUAGAGGAGUUAUUAAAAGGGGCUUUAAUGAAUCAACAUGACUCCCAAAAAAGAAGCAUUUUCAACAGGAAAACUCAUUUUUUUUAUUAAAAAUAAAGAAGAUAUUAAGCAAGAAAACAAAAAGUCAAUAACAUCCAAAUUUUUAGCUCUCGAGUUUGAUGGCACAAAUGUUCUGCUUCUGAUAUCCCACCUUCUCCCUACGUAGACAGCCGCUUGAUUACAAUUAGAUGAAUUCGCAGAUCCGAUCAAAAAUAAAGUCAUUCAUUGUCAAAUUUCUCAAACAUCUCUUGUAGACUUCGUAAUUUGGGAUAAUGGCCAAUUCUGCAAAAUAUUUACGAUCCAAUGGGCAUUUGGGUUGCUUCAAAGUCCAUCUUUCUAGGCAAUUUCGGCAAAAUAUGUGAUUGCAACAUUUUGGCACAGCGAGCUCUUUUCUAAAGUUGAAUUUUGACAGGCAAAUCUGGCAUCUAUCGAUGAUAUCCAUUAUUCAGUGGGUUCAGUGAAUUUUUCCUUUUUUUAUUAUUGGAAAAUAUUUUACAAAAAAUAAUAGAUUUUUAACGAAAUAACUUUUGCAAUCUCUAAUUUUAUUUUUAAUAUGCUUCAAUUCUUUUUUUCGGAAUGCUUAGUUUCAUUUUAUUAAAAUUUCAAAACGAUCUUUGAACUUUUGCUACGUUAAUUACUUUAAAAUUAUACUUACAAUAAGAAAAAGAUCUUGUACUGCAACAUCCUUAUCGACUUAUAACGUACCUAUACAUUGCAUUUAAUAUCCAUAAAACUCAAUCACCCCAGUGGAAUCUUAACAGAAGUUUGAACAACUUUAUACUGAAUUUUAAAAAAAUCAGUUUAUUAAAAUGAUUUUUCAUCAUUUCUUGAACAUUUCUAUGAAGAAUCCCAUUUAUUCGAAUAAUAACCUACACAGUGUGUUCUUGAAAAUGCUUAAAUGGGCACCCAUUUGUGUUUCCCCGUUUUGUACUGUAAAUUCAGCAAAGAUUAAAGUGAAUAAAAAAAGAUAGUGUGGUAGAUAUGUGAGACAUAGCAAGAGGUUAUAUAUAGUGAAGAAAUAAAACCUAAAUAGUGAAAACAUUUUAAAGAAAAUGAAAGAAAAUUAAGUUAAAAAAAACAUAAAAAAGAACAGUCGCUGUCGUUUGUGUGAUGCAAUUCUGUGAUCCGCAUAUAUAUUUAUACAUAAAUAUAUAUACACGUAUAUUUUUGGUGGCCAUAGAAGCCAAAAAAAAACAAGAAGAAUAAAUCAUACCUGUAAGAAGUAAUAGGAAAAAAGAGAAAAUAAAAACUUGGAUAUUUUUAAGGGUACGACGGUGUGAGAAAGUAAAAAAUAAGUGAAAAUGAUGUAAAAUGCACUGGUUGGUGUUUUUAUUUCUCAUUUAUUGAGGAUCAAUGAUCUAACCAUUGAUCCUUGAAGAAUUUUUUAGAUAAAUAUUAGAUGAAAAGGAAUCAAAAGAUGGUGUCUGAUGUGUGAGAAAAAAAUAAAAAGGAAAUUCUUUUAGCAUUGUGAAAUUUUACAAAGUGAAAGCAACCACUAAUUUCUUUACAAAAUAUCGCACAUUUUUUUAUAUUAAUUUUUUUAUUGAAGUAUAAACCACAAUAUUUGUGCAAUUGUAAUUAAUAUAAUAAAUAUUGUUCUUUUAGGGUAAUUUUAGCUCACUCAUUUUCUUUUUUUCUCGAAGAAAAUUAAUAAAAUCAUAAUUUCAGUGUGAUCCUGUAUGAGAAUUUUUUUUUCGUAUGAUAAAUGUUUAAUCUGUUUUUUUUUAAAGAUAAUUCAGUGCACAAAAGUCAAAAAAGCGGUACACAAACCUUUUAUUCCAGAGAAUUGUAAGUGUUAAAAAAUAAACAAGAAAAAAAGAGAAACAUUACAAAAUUAAUGUGUCAAAAGUAUUAAUUAAAGACUGCUGAAGGACGAUCCGUUGAUUAGAGAGAGAUAUGAGAUGAUAAAAAGUCAAAAAAAAAUCAUACCUCUUUAUAUUUACAUUUUAGGGUACAUCAAGUGUGGAAAUAUCUCUUUUUUAUACACAAAAAACUGAAAAAAAUCGCGAUCACACGUGGAUUUCCACUGAUCGCAAUCAAUAGUUUGUAGAUGAUGAAAAAAAUUCAAUUGAAAAAAUAUAUAAGAAAAUUUUCUCCUCCAUUCAAAACAAAGCAAGAAAAACUGCAGUAAAUAGAUACACAUCUUGAUCACUCAUUCCAAUGAAUAAUUUUGUCAUGCGCAGGUGAUCGAUCGGAUUUUUUGAAAUUUAAGGAAAAUAAAAAAUUGCGAUCUCCAGGUAAAUCAAAAAAUAAAAAAAACAGCAUAGAGAAAAAUUAAAACGUCAUUGUACAUAUCCAAGAAAAAGAGGGACUAUUGUCAAAAAAAAACGCAGCACUGCGUUGAAAAAAAAAUUGAAAAAAAACGAAAUUCAAAAAGAAUAAAUCUUCCCUUUUUUUCUAAAAAUAAAUUUAGAGGUGAUCGGUUUCGUGAUAUCCAAUUGUUUUUUAGCUUACUGUACAAAAGAUGAAAGAACAGAGAUAAAAGAAUCUUUUAGUAAGAAAAAAGAGAGUAAAAGAAAAAACCUUAGUAUUAAAAAAUAAACUCAGUGGAGUUGGAGAGAUCAAGGUGUGUCGAUCAUGCCGAUCUUUCCCUUUUGAAGGAAUUUUACAACAACUCGCAAACGAUCAACGAAUUCUUAAGAGACUCAUAGAAAUGAAAAAAAAUGUCUUGAUGAUCAAAUCACCUUGAUCUUGGCCCUUUUUGCCCAUCAAACUCCACUGAGUGACCUAAAUGAAAGUAAAAAAAAAAAUAAAGUAAAUUUAAAGAAAAAAAAUGCAUUCAUUGUAUUAAAAGUUCUUCCGAUAAGAGCAAAUAAAGUAGCAAAGAAAUCAAAGAACAAUUAGAUGAAGAGAAAAAAAUAAAACAGAUAUGAAGAUAGAAAAUAUUUCUGAGAAAAAAAACAUGAGCUAACAAACAUAUUUGAUAAAUGUAUAUGGUACUUUAUACAUUGCAUAGAAAUAGAAACAAGAUAAAAAAAACUCAAAAAGAUUGAAUAAAUCACGUGAAUUAGCAAAGAAAAUAGAAUAGAAAAUGUAAAAUUUUAGUGGUUGACUGGAGUUGUAGAUUUGAACAGAGAGAUCACAAGACAGUGAAAAGAUCGCAUUGAGAAUUUCAAAAAAAAAAAUGUCAUGAAAUAAUAAUCUAAAACAAUAAAAUAAUGAAACGAAUUUUAUACACGCUGAAAAAUCAUAUGGAUGUGUUUUUUUGACUAAGAAAAUGUUGUAAGAAAAGAAAACCCUAAAAAAAUCAAAUGAAAUUUUUGUAACUGAAUGAAGAAAAAUUUUCUCACAAAAAAUUGCAAAAAAGAUUAAAAAAAAAUAAUUUUAUCUAAUGUGAAAAAAGGUAAAAAAAAAAACUAGUGAAAAUGGAAGGAUAAAACUUUGUGUGUUUCUAUACAAUAUAUUUGAUUUUCUAAGUAAAUGAAAAAAAAAAACUUAGGAAUAGAAACUUGGAAAUAAAAAAAAUGAUGUAAGAGAAGAAUUUUAAGAAUAAUUUUGAAAGUAUAUUGUAUUAAUCGAUUUUUAAUAAAAAAAAUGGAAAAAUAGCUGAGAAAAAUGAAAAAAAAAGAAUUUUAAUAUAAAUGAAAAAGCUGUAGUUUUUAGCAUUAUUAAAAUUUAAGAAAUAAAAUGUAAGUUUUAAGUGAAUGCGUGCAUAAAAUGUGAAAAAAUCCACAUAAUGUGAAGCCAAAAGCAAAAAUUUAAUUUUGCUACUUUUUUAUUCUUUUGUUUUCUUUUUUACAUUUUUUUUCUCUUUAACAUCCAAAACCGAAGCCGAAACAUUCAGGUGUGGAAAAAUCACAGAUUUUUCCCAUCAGAAAAACUAUUAUUUACACACACACAGAAAAAACUCUUGACUUAAUAUAUGUAUGUAUGUAGCUCUCAUUCAUACAUGUUGUACAUACGUAUUUAUUAAAUUAAAAAGAAAGAAGAAAAAAGAAAUGGAAGAAAACAUGAAAGAAAUGUUACGUUUUACAUUAAAAAUGAAAUAAAAGAAAAAUAAUUUAAAAAAAAAAAACAUGGAAAGAGAAGGAAAAAGUAACAGGCAUUAAUGUAGCAAAAAAAUGUGUGUAUUAAAAGAGAAAUAUAAAUUUAUUAGUUCUUAAAUUACUUAACUGGAGUAAAAAAUGUUUUCACUAUGUAAUAAAAAAAAUGCGAAGAUGAUAAUAAAAAAAAGAUCAUUAGAGAGAAAUUUUAUUGAUGAAAAAAGAGCAAAAGAGAAAAAUUCUACUUUAUUUCAAGAUUUCUUAAGUCUUUAAUUAAUUACUGUAUAAAAAAAUAGAAAAAAAUCAACGAUAUCUCGCCGACAUUGAAGCAAAAAAAAUGUGAAAAAAAUUAAGCUAAUUGUGAAGAAAAUUUAAGUAUUGUGAGCUGUAAGUUUGAUGAAAUCUAAUUGAAAUUUGUAACUGGGAGAUGACAUUUCCUCAUUAUAUAAAUUAGGUAAAUUGCUAAUUUUCCCCCCUUACCUUGUAAAUAUCAUUUUGCAACCCCUUCACUCUGUAUAGAUAGAAUAAAUUCUCAUUAAACUCAUAAUUUUGAUAAAAAAAAAAAGGAAAAAGAAAUUCUAUUAAUAAAUUGUCAUGUGUUUCGAGAGCUAUGCUUCCAUAAUAUAUUGUUAUAAUAUACUUUUUACCUCCAAUUUAUUGAUUGUAGAAAAUUUUGAGGAGAUUGUGUAUUUUUUAUUUGAAUCCUUUUUGGAUUGAAUUCUUUAUUAUUAAAAAUGAAAAAUUUGGCAAUGUGACGGCGAGAUAUUCUCAUAAAUUAAUAUUAGCUUAUAUUCUGCUCUGUGCAAAAAUAAACGUACGUUCCUGUUAAAAAAAAA